UAAUACCUCACAAAUACCUCAGUAUCACUCCUUCUACCAAUUAUUACAACACCCCACACGAACACUAUCUGCCCAGAGCCAUCAAUAACUCCACAACUCACUGCCAGGAGUUUAUGUAGACGGACCCGAUAGGGAUGGUGAAUCGUGACAAUCCCAUUGUGUUUGUUCUUUGUGUUGAUAACAUGUUGCGUGAGUGUAAAACAGAAAUGGGUACCAUCCCGCCUUAUGUCAAUGAGCAGACAAUCCUCACAGCAAAAUUCCAUUCAAAGACACCAAAACCAGCGCCCCCCCACCCCGCACAAACCAAAGUCCUCACCACCCCCGACACCCUCCUCACCAUCCUCCACUACCUCCCCCCGCACGACCUCCUCAGCUCCGAACGCGUGUGUCGCCUCUGGAACACCCUGAUCAAAUCCACGCACACCCUCCAAUGCAUCCUCGGCUACCGCUUCCCUUCCCCUCCCCCAGAACACCCCACCUUCAAUCCCCUCCUCCAAUGGCUCUUCCCAUCCCUCUUCCCAAUAACCCCCUCCACUAAGACAACUCUAUACUUUGUGCCCGAAACCAUUCACUCCCUCCCAUUUGCUCACAACCGCAAGUAUCACGAGAAGGUCUUCUCCGAGCAUGCAUCCUGGCGGAGAAUGAAACCGAUGGAUGUUCCCUGCCGGAUCAAGAAGUUGGUUAUUCAUUGGAAAGAUACCGAGAGUCAUGAGCCGAGGGAUGCUGCGUAUAGGGUGUAUGAUCCCUGGGCGGGCCAGGAUCCGGUUCUAGGGGCGGAUAUGGCGCUCGUGUGGGAUUUUGUGCUGUGUGGGCUGGGGGCGUAUGCGGAGAGGGGGAUGGUGGUGCAGUGGGUGUUGAGGGAGGGUGUUGAUGGUGGGGAGGGAGAGGGGGGUAUAGGGUAUGAGUGUUCCGUUCUGGUGGGACAGAAGAAUCGAUUGGAGCGUGGGAGGGGCACGUUUCGGUUCUCGUGUUUGAGGCUGCCGGUGGAGAUGGAGAGUGAGGGGUGGGGGUAUCUGGGGGGGAAGAAUGAGGUGGAGGUUAGGGAGUGGCAGGUGGCGCGGAAGGAGGAGGAGAGGAGUUUGUUGUGGAAGACAGGCGAUGAUGAGGAUGAUGAGGAUGAUACGGGCUCGGAUGACGAGUUUGAUUAUUUGAGUGACUCGGAUGUUGAAUUUCCUGGGGGGCCCAGUCUUGAUACGAGCCACAGUGGCGACGAGUGGGAUUGGGAUGCAGCGGUUGUCUGCUCAAAGAACCCAGAGCUGUCUUGGAGGGUUUGA